UAUGAUUCUCAUUGGUGGCUGUUCUAGUUUCUCGAGGGGCCUCUUAGUGUGAUCUCCUUAGAUCUGUUUGGUCCGAUUCUUUUUUUAGUUGCUGGUACAAAAGUUCGGACACGAGAACCAGAAAGCUUCAGUCUCAGGUUUCAAGAAUGUUGAACCACGACAGAGAUGAAGAACUCUCAAUGUUCCUUGAGAUGCGUCGACGUGAGAAAGAACACAGAGGAGAAUCUCUCUUAGCAGGAUCUGAUAAUAUUAGUAUGAACGGAGCGUUGACGACUGCUGUGUCCGCGGCUCUCUCUGGUGUCUCGGAAACGGUGUCGUCUCAACGUUAUCCUCUCCGGAGAACCGCCGCUGAGAACUUCUUGUACUCAGAGAAUGAGAAAUCCGAUUAUGAUUGGCUGCUUACACCUCCAGGCACGCCACAGUUUGAGAAAGAGUCACAUAGGAGCGUAAUGAAUCAGAGUGAUGCUCCCAAUUCUCGCCCCACAGUUCUCAAAUCUCGGCUUGGGAACUGUGGUGAAGAGAUGAUCACAAAGAACAAUAAUAAGCCCCAAAUGUCGUCGUCCUCUGUAGCUGGAGUUAGAAGACCAUCUUCAUCAGGUAGCUCAAGGUCAACGAGUAGACCUUCAACACCAACCAAUAGGUCAACGAGUAGACCUUCCACACCAACCAGAAGGUCUACAACUACAACCACCUCAACAACAAGGCCUGUGACCACCACCAGAGCUUCAACCUCUAGAUCCUCAACUCCCACCUCACGUGCCACCUUAACUGCCGCACGUGCUACUACUACCUCUACAGCAGCUCAACGCACCACAACAUCAACCGGUUCAGCUAGAUCAGCUACUCCUACUCGGUCUAAGACCCAGCCGUCUUCUGCACCUUCUAAAAAACCGUUAUCAAGGCCUUCAACCCCUACAGGUCCAUCAAUAGCUUCGAGUAAAGCUCCCUCUCGAGGGACCUCUCCAACUCCAACUGUGAAGUCGUCAAAGCCGGAGAUGCCUGGUUUCUCUUUAGAUGCCCCACCUAACCUAAGGACCACUCUACCAAACAGGCCAGUCUCAGCUUCAAGAGGCAGACCUGGAGUAGCCUCAGCACCAGGCUCAAGAUCUUCUUCCAUAGAACGCGGCACUGGUGGCUCCACUAGUGGUAGCGUUGGACAUGCAAGAAGGCAAUCUUGCUCCCCGUCCAGACGUCAAGCGCCUAUUGGGAACACCAACGGGAGUCUCCCGGGUGCACGUGGGCGAGGAAAGGCUAACAAAGGUGGGAGUAGUAGCUGCGAUAGCUUUAGCCCUGUGGCUAUGGGAAAUAAAAUGGUGGAGAGAGUGGUGAACAUGAGGAAACUAGGUCCACCAAGGCUAACAGAGAACGGUGGUCGAGGAAUUGUGAAAUCUAACUCAGCUUUUAACAGCCUUGGGUAUGGGAGAAACCUCUCCAAGAGCUCCAUCGAUAUGGCCUUAAGACAUAUGGAUAUAAGAAGAGGCAUGACAGGAAAUCUCCGGCCGCUGGUGACGAAAGUUCCGGCGUCAUCAAUGUACAGCGUGAGAAGUGGGUCGACUAGUGACACGAACUCUCCGGUAGCUACGAGCAGCACGAUGAGCUCAUCAGAACUGAGUGUGGACAACAUGAACAUUUUGUGCUUAGAUGGGAAUGAUGCUGAAAACGAUGAUCUUCUCAGCGAAAGAAGCUAUUCAUGAAAUAUAAUAGGUUACUUUAUAACCUAUGUUCUUGUUUUGUUACCAUUACUUAAAUAACGUGUUUCUAGAGAAACUAAAACGUAUUGAAAACAAC